AUGGGGCUGGCUCUAGCAUGGGGCUGGCUCAAGCAUGGGGCUGGCACAAGCAUGGGGCUGGCUCAAGCAUGGGGCUGGCUCAAGCAUGGGGUCGACUCAAGCAUUGGGGCUGGCUCAAACAUGGGGCUGGCUCAAGCAUCAAGCAUGGGGCUGGCUCUAGCAUGGGGCUGGCUCAAGCAUGGGGCUGGCUCAAGCAUCAAGCAUGGGGCUGGCUCAAGCAUCAAGCAUGGGGCUGGCUCAAGCAUGGGGCUGGCUCAAGCAUCAAGCAUGGGGCUGGCUCAAGCAUGGGGUUGGCUCAAGCAUGGGGCUGGCUCUAGCAUGGGGCUGGCUCAAGCAUGGGGCUGGGUCAAGCAUGGGGCUGGCUCAAGCAUGAGGCUGGCUCUAGCAUGGGGCUGGCUCAAACAUGGGGCUGGCUCAAGCAUCAAGCAUGGGGCUGGCUCUAGCAUGGGGCUGGCUCUAGCAUGGGGCUGGCUCAAGCAUGGGGCUGGCUCAAGCAUGGGGCUGGCUCAAGCAUGGGGCUGGCUCAAGCAUGGGCCUGGCUCUAGCAUGGGGCUGGCUCAAGCAUCAAGCAUGGGGCUGGCUCUAGCAUGGGGCUGGCUCAAGCAUGGGGCCCGCUCAAGCCAUGGGGCUGGCUCAAGCAUCAAGCAUGGGGCUGGCACAAGCAUCAAGCAUGGGGCUGGCUCAAGCAUGGGGCUGGCUCAAGCAUCAAGCAUGGGGCUGGCUCAAGCAUGGGGUUGGCUCAAGCAUGGGGCUGGCUCUAGCAUGGGGCUGGCUCAAGCAUGGGGCUGGGUCAAGCAUGGGGCUGGCUCAAGCAUGGGGCUGGCUCUAGCAUGGGGCUGGCUCAAACAUGGGGCUGGCUCAAGCAUCAAGCAUGGGGCUGGCUCUAGCAUGGGGCUGGCUCUAGCAUGGGGCUGGCUCAAGCAUGGGGCUGGCACAAGCAUGGGGCUGGCUCAAGCAUGGGGCUGGCACAAGCAUGGGGCUGGCUCAAGCAUGGGGCUGGCUCAAGCAUGGGCCUGGCUCAAGCAUGGGGCUGGCUCAAGCAUCAAGCAUGGGGCUGGCUCUAGCAUGGGGCUGGCUCAAGCAUGGGGCCCGCUCAAGCGUGGGGCUGGCUCAAGCAUGGGGCUGGCUCUAGCAUGGGGCUGGCACAAGCAUGGGGCUGGCUCAAGCAUGGGGUCGACUCAAGCAUUGGGGCUGGCUCAAGCAUGGGGCUGGCUCAAGCAUGGGGCUGGCUCAAGCAUGGGACUGGCUCUAGCAUGGGGCUGGCUCUAG